AUGAGCGAGGAUUAGAGAAAGAGUGCCUAAAAGUGGUUUAAGGUUUACCGCACUAUUUGCGAAAUGGCCAGAGAUAGAGGAUACAGCGAAGAAGCUGAGCAAUAGUUGAAUCUGAUUAAAACUAAGGAAUAGGAAAAUAUGUGGAUUUAAAACAGCAUGUCUAACGUUCAAAACAGUUUAACCAUAAAUUCUUUUUCACAUGAUGCUAACCAAACUGAUGAACACAAAUUUUUAGGAAUGGAAUAGCACCUUUACGUUUUCCAUAGCUAAACUAAGUUAACCGAUGAUAUACUUAGCUCAUAUGAUAAGACUAUUUAAAAAUAUCACGAGUCUUCUAUUAAAAACAAUCCUUAAUUGAACGUUUUUAUUAAUGUUGUUAUUCUUGUCCCAGAAGAAAAAGAUAUCGUCACUAAGAAAGUUUAAGAUAUCAUUCUCAUCUCAAACAAGUAUUUUAAAGAUAGAAUUGAACUCUUUGAAAAGAGAUAGGUUGAAAUGAACUUCAACAGUAAAAAGUAAACUGAUAUUAAAUCUGAAACAGAUGAUAAAGGCGAUGUCAUUUAAAUCUUCUAUAAAUAUGAAAUUUUCUUCUUUGAUGAUCUUGUCAUUAACAUCACCAAGCAUCAAUUAGUUCCUAAGCACGUACCCUUGAAUGCCAUCGAAAAGAAAAAAUUAAUGGAUAAAUACAAAAUUAACGAUGCUUAACUCCCUAAGAUCCUUUCCACCGACCCAAUUACAAAAUAUUUUGGAUUAAGGACAAAGCAAGUUUUCAAAAUAGAAAGAGAUUCUGAAACUGCUGGUAAAUAUAUUACUUAUAGAAUUGUUAGUUGA